UCUGUUCCAGCAGCUGUGUUUCCACUCCCACCUAGCCAAUGCACUCGAGAAUCCACAAGGCUGCAGAGAUCUGAUCUCUUGUGCAGGCUCAAGAGGGCUGAGGAGGAAACUUGGGAGGCCAAAGGAUGGGAUCAGAAAGAGAAAUGAUCAACCUUAAUGACGGAACUAAAACUGUAACUAAUCUAGAACCUGGCCUGGAUCAAGGGACGGAUUCACUAGAAACACAGCACCCAGGAUUUAGCAUCAGUCCCCAGCCCUUGAGCCCUGGCUCCAGGAGGGAAAACACCAUCAACAUCAAUCAUUACGCGACAAAGAAAAGCGUGGCGGAGAGCAUGCUGGACGUGGCACUGUUCAUGGCCAAUGCAACUCAGCUGAAGGCAGUGCUGGAGCAGGGUCCUUCCUUCCAAUAUUAUGCCACCCUGAUUGCGCUCAUCAGUGUUUCCCUCUUCUUCCAGACAGCCAUUGGGAUACUCCUUAUUGUUGUUGCCCGGAUGAACCUGAACGAUGUGACAAAGCAGCAGCGCCUGGACAUGCUCAACAAUGUUGCCACGGCUCUGAUCUUCAUCACCGUCAUUGUCAACAUCUUCAUUACAGCUUUCGGGGUGCAGAAGACUGGGAUUCUUUACGGCCGGAGACUCUACUGAACCAGAGAAGUUGAAGGAACUGGAUUGGAUUACCCGGAUGCCUUUCCAUGCUGACCUCAGACCAGACAUGCCAUGUGUGACCAACAGCUUGUUCCAAGCAUGCGGGAUUUGUUCCAUUCAGGCUAUUUCUGUAACGUGUGUGCAGUGCUGGAGAGGUGAAGAGCUUUUCUAAGACCUGAAAAAUGCAUUUUUACAAGCUACCUCCCAGUGACGCAUAUGCAGGCUUCCCUACAGUUUUCCAUAAUAGUACUAAUUAUCGUUUUGUGUCUACACCUUGUGUGAGGACUUGGCCGCAGUUGGCUCUCAGUCUAACCAUCUACUGCCACACCAAUAGAAGAUCUUUAGCUAGUUUGACUGGUUCCACUCCUAGUCAUGGAACCUUCUGUCUUUCAGAAACAAUAUCGAAACUCAGUAUUAGUGGGGUAAAUAAAAUGGGCAGGUAGGUGAAGUGGGACUAAAAUAACAGAGACACCAGUAAAAUAUCAUAAAGUCAAGAACAGAUUUACUGUAAUAAAAGGUUGCAAAUAUUCAAAAGACAACAAAGGAACAAAUGAUGUAAAGUUCAGUUGGCAAGAGUACAAAGUACAAACUAUAAAACAAGCUUGCUAGCCUUCUUUCCCAAUGCCUAGCAGGUUCUAGUAGGACCAUCUCCCUCACUGCUACCUUCCCUAGCAAUUUCAGCCCAACCCUACCCUGCUGGUGCUCCAGCUUUCUAGCUCACACAGCACCCAGCAGCGCGCACACACACACAAAACUCUUCUCAACCCUCCCUUUUAUCCAAUUCCCAAGGGAUACAUUUAACCAAUCAGGGAGUUUUUUCCCUCAGGAAGCCUGAAGCUUCUGUCCUUGCCUGGAGACAACCAAUCACAACACUUUGUAACUUCCCCUCCAAAACUCUGCAGCAGACAACCUUUACCUCAAAUUUGGCUGUUAGAGGUUACUACCUUUUAACCCCUGCAGAACCUAGAGGGGACACAGAACAAAUUAAAGAAAACAAACCACAAAACAUAAUGGGAAGGAGUCAUUCUUUCACACCUUUUGAUGAGAUCCAUCUGGAAUUCUGGAAAAGGCUAGUCCAUGAUUAAAUCUUGCAUGGGUAAAUCUAAAAAAAUCCAAGUUCUUUGGGGCUCUAGGGACCCAGUGCUCAUGGGUUUGUUAACAAGAAAAAUACAUUGUGCUUGUGGACAUCACACUUGCAUAACAUGCUGGCACAAGUUAGUUGUGCUACAUCGGAAAUUUGUGUUCCAGCCUAUUGCUGCGCUACCGCAUGCAUGCUUGUGGUUGUGAAACAGUUACGCAACUGCAGCAUUCCUUAAAAUAAUGGGAACGGUUCUGCAAAUCCCCACUUUUUUAGUGCAACUACACUAUCUUCUUGCAGUUGUACAACAUUUCUCAUUAUGCAAGUGCUUCAUUAGUCAGGCUGUUAGCCACUGGGCAUAACUACAUGUCCUACUGACAAAAAUGUGCUUUCUAAACCGUGGGUGCUAAUUAACAUGAAUGCAGGUUGUGUGUGUGUGUGUGUGAGUGUGUGCUCUUAUGAGGAGGGGAGGAUCCACAGAUGUGAGGGGUGUGUAAUAGUUCCUGGACCUGCAGAUUCUUACCUGGAAAUGCCUCCUCAGGUCUCCACCUCUUCCAAUAGCUGAGCUGCUUCUGGUCUUGGAAGCUGGCUAGAGUGGGGGGCUUUGAAAGGGAGAAUUGUUGGGAAGGGGGAGGGUUAAGCAUUUUUCUCGUCCUGCAAGCACCCUCUAGCCCCUACAUUAAUGUUCUGAAAGGUUGGGACUUACUAAAACGAAAAUACAGAAUAACCACGGAAAUGCAUGGGUUCUGUUUGCAAGGCAAUAGGAAUCCACUGAAUUUCUAAAUGACCAUUUGAAUGAAAUUCAAACUGGAUGCAUUUCAGCGGCUGUUUUUUGGCAUUUGUUUUAGCAUGUUCCCUCCUAAGGUGUAGCUUCAGAUCAUGCUUGGUGCCAAAUAUAAAAAGGAUCUGGCCAGGGGAGGAAUGUAAAAUUCAGUUCAUAAUGGGAGAAAGUGGUUGUGUGAACUGAGUUUUAGCUGCCUACUUUUUGUAUGCAGUCCAGCAUUUUCUUUUACUAUAACAGAUUGAAGCUUGUUUGCAUUUAUUUGAAAGCUAAGCAACCGUUAAGCUGUUCAAAUGUGAUGUGCAUUAAAUAUAAUUUACUAGAAAUAGCAAUGCUCAGAAGUUUAGGACUUUUAAAGCAAGAAUGAUGGAAAUGCAUAAAUCUAACCUAACCUUACACUGCUGGUACAUAAUAAAUGCCUAGACAUCGUGGCAGAAAUGGAAAAAAUUACAAGACAGCGGCUGUGACAUCCUGACUAAAUUACUUGACAGAAGUUCCAAUGAAAUUAAUAGGACAAGUUCAUCAAGACUGACUCGUCUUAUUAAUUUCAGUGUGACUCCAUCAAGUAAUUUAGUCAAGAUGUCUGCCAGUUUCCUCUUUCCUCUCAUAGGAACAUACGAAGCUGCCAUUGGUCAGGCCAUUGGUCCAUCUAGCACAGUAUUGUAAAUAAUCAUUUUUAAAUGAUAAAAACAAACUGCAAUUACCUUUCUCAUUUUAAAAGAAGUUAGGAUUAUUAUUUUUUAGCUGGGGGGCGGUGGAAGAAAAUUCGACAUUUCUCAGUUUUGUACGAGAGCAAAGCUGCAACCCUAUCUAACUUACCUGAGAGUAAACUGCAUUGAACACAGUAGGACUUCUGAGAAAACACAUAUAGGAUUGCCCUGUACAUGCCUCAGGAUAGGUAACUACACUUUCUUUUGCUCUCUAAAAUGCAGUAUGGUGCUAUAGAUACUUGAAUUGUAGCAGCAGUGAUUCUAGUAGCAGGAACAACAGCAUUAAUAUAUUAAAAUUUUUAUAACUGCAAAUAAGUGAAAAUAUUGUCAUUGACAAAUUAGGUCGAUUUCAAAACUCAGUAUUGGGACACUAUUGUGCUAUGAGGGGGAAAAACUGAAUUAAAAUGUGACCUUUUGUUACCCAUUUAGAGAGGAAGCUUCCCACAGCAUCCGUGAUUCCGUAUUAUGAUCUUGCUUCCUCCUAACCAGCCUUCACUGAGGAUGGGUAAUUCUGCCAUAUUUCUGUAUUAAGUGUCUAGCUCCCAGAUGCAGCAGAACUGCCAGAUCUCAGAGGCGGUGUGCAGAACAACAGCUCCCACAGGAACACACAUUGUGGGUUGCUUUGAAGGCAGGAGGUUCUGAUUCUAGAAGUGAACUUCUUCAGGUGUAAGAAUACUCCCAUUGAGUACCUAGUACUCAAAAAACUCAUUAGAUGAAUCGCAUCCUGUCUUCCUGAUUCACUGACUAGUGGUGCCACAGGGGCUCCAGUGCAGACAUGGAGCUCUCCUCCUAGUUAGCCAGGGCUUCCCCAUGAUCGUUUUCAGCCAAAAGUGCCAUUCUGCACAUGCGAAGGAGAUGAGUGUUCCUCUGUACAUCCAAAAGUAUAUAUAGAGAAGAUGUGUAUUUCAAUCCCGCUUUUGUAUAUCAGUUAUGUUUUUGUACCUUUUGAAAUAGAGACCAUAUAAGAGGGACCAAGGUAUAUUACACAAUGAAGAAUAAAUUACAUUUAAACCUCUGCUAGUGUUGUUAAUAACACAAAUAAAGUGUUUGUAGGAAUGCAAAAUAUCUUAAAGCUAUAAAAGUUAACCUUGUACGGAA